AUGGCUUCAACAGACCAGCUACCAGCGAUGAAUAUCAUCCCGCUAGACUCCCCCAUCCGCACAACGCCAAUCCACCCCCUCCUCCCAGAAAUCCGAGUCCCAGGCCGACCCGCAGACACAGAAACACAAUCCAAUGAACCCCCAAAAGACCAACCAAACAACGAAACCGAAAAACUACUACAAUCAUACAACUACAACCCCCUAACCUGCGCCCCCUUCCCAUUCUCCAACAGCUCCCAGAACCAACCCCUAACCACCGACACACAACAAGAGAAAGAACUAGCGGAUCUCCAAGAAGAACAUCCUACCCCCGAAGCCGCCCUAAAGGCGCAAGAAACCACAGCGCGCGAAGCAAAACGGCGGAUUGAAGAGACUGUCAAGAAGAGAGAAGAGGUGCGGAGGGCGAUGGAUAAGAAGGUUAAGGAGAGGGAUACGGAGAUGAAGGUGCUCGAGAAGUAUCAGGAGGUUAAGGUUAAGGCGUCGGAUAUUUUGCCGUCGUGA